CUUCAGAGGAGACAGCAUCCUUACAGUCAGCUGAUUGACUCCACCAGACACACAUACAACUGUGACCAUGACGUCACUUAGUAUGAAGACUAUUUUGUUAAUCGUGUCCCUCAUGGCCACAACCCUGGGCCACCCUUUCCCUGAUUCUGGCCAUGGUGGGGGACACAGUCAUAGUUCCGGACAUGGGGUUACUUCUGGACAUGGCCAAGCUGUUGCAUUUAGUCAUAGUUCUGGACAUGGUGGUGGAUCUGGCCACAGUGUUGGUAAUAGCCAUGGUGGUAGCAUUGGCCAUGGUGUUGGUAUUGGCCAUAGUGGUAGUAUUGGCCAUGCUGGUGGUAUUGGCCAUGGUGGUGGAUCUGGCCACAGUGUUAGUAAUAGCCAUGGUGGUAGCAUUGGCCAUGGUGGUGGAUCUGGCCACAGUGUUGGUAUUGGCCAUAGUGGUAGUAUUGACCAUGCUGGUGGUAUUGGCCAUGGUGGUGGAUCUGGCCAUGGUGAUGGAUACAGUUAUAGUGUUGGAUAUGGCUAUGGCAGCGGAUCUGGCCAUGGUGGUGGAUACGGUUAUGAUGGUGGAUAUGGCCAUGGUGGUGGCCGUGGCCAUGGUGGUGGCAAUGGUCAUGGUGGUGGCCAUGGAGGUGGAUCUGGACAUGGUGGUGACUACGGCUAUGGUGGUGGAUAUGGCCAUGGUGGUGGAUAUGGUUAUGGUGGUGGAUAUGGUUAUGGUGGUGGAUAUGGCCUUAGUGGAGGAUAUGGCUAUGGCAGCGGAUAUGGCCAUGAUGGUGGAUAUGGCCAAGGUGGUGGAUAUGGCCAAGGUGGUGGAUAUGGCUAUGGCAGCGGAUCUGGCCAUGAUGGUGGAUAUGGCCAAGGUGGUGGAUAUGGCCAAGGUGGUGGAUAUGGCUAUGGCAGCGGAUAUGGCCAAGGUGGUGGAUAUGGCCAAGGUGGUGGAUAUGGCUAUGGCAGCGGAUCUGGCCAUAGCGGUGGAUAUGGACAUGGCGGUGGAUCUUCUUGUGGAUUUGCCUGUGGAAGUGGAAUAAGUAUUGGUGGAUUCGGUGGCAGUGGAUUUGACGGAGUUGGAUUUGGUGGUAGCGGAUUCGGCAUCGGAUUUGGUGGAUUCGGUCGCUAUGGUAGAGCAGCCCAAGAUGGCAAGAAGACGCAGAAAGUGUCAUCGUAAAGUGCUGCCAAUGAGUAAAUCGGGAACUAAAUACAAAAAUAAAUAUAUUUCGUAUACUAAAUAAAAAAUA